CAUUUAGUUAUCUAGGUUUAUAAAACCUAGCCCCAGGUUCCAGUUAAAUACCUUAAUUGGUUAUUAUUGUAUAAUUAUUAUUGUAUACUUGUGUAAUUUUAUUUUUAAGACCAAAAGAAAAAUAUAUGUAAAUAAUGUCAUCCAAGGUCAAUGUUUUAAGACUUGAGUUUAACUGGUUACUAACAGAUGAAGUUUCUUCAAUACUUGCCCAGUUGAAAGAAAUAAUUCAAAGCUGUUUAAGCAGAUUCAAAAUGCCACUUGGUAUGUCUGCUACAGAUACAAGUAAAGGAAGUAAUUUACCUUUUAACAACUCUGAGCUUGUGAAAGGUUGGAUAAAUGUAGCAGGUGAACAUGUUAUGAAAGCUGAGUUGAAAUUUAAAAUCCCUAAAUUUGGAAGCGCUGGUAUUGGAACUUUUAUAUUUGAACAAUGUCCUUGGAAAUUGCAACAGCUGCUAGAAACUCACAAUCAUCUUCAAAUGGCUUUUGAUGAAAUACUAGAGCGAGAAUGUUGUGGUAAAUUCACUUCUGGGGAGCAAGUGGAAGAGCUGAUGAAUACUCUAAUGGGGUCUUUGAAUAGAGCAAAAACAUGCAUGCUAGUUCCAGAAAAAUUGGUUUUAGCUGAACUGUUUAACUCCAGUCAACAGCGUGUUUUCAAUCCAUCUAUUCCUGAAGAAUUAAUCAUCUUUUUUAAUGUCAAUUGUGAUAAAGUUGUUCUUUCUGUAUAUGUCUUGAACUCACUUACUAGUGCUCCAAGUCAAAAAGUUCUAAUUCAAGAUCAAUCAACCAUUGGUCAUCAGUUUGAAACUCACAAUAAAUGGUAUGAAGUCAUUAACAAAGCUGAGGUUAUUUGCUCAGUACCAUGGUUAAAAGACCUUAUAGUUUGGAUCAACACUGCUCUUCAGUUGUGCCAACAACUAAAAGACAAAAUUGCCAUUUUCCAUACAUUGUUGCCAGACUUGGUCUUGAAAGAAGAUUCGGACUGAAAAAAUAGUAUAAAAUAUAUAGCACUCAAAAAUGUAGGCAUGAAAGUAAAUAAUAAACUUUUAUGCAUUAGUUUUGUUUGUUUAUUUUUUUUGUGUGUUGUUUUUUUUUCAUCUAGUUUGCUUUUUAUCUAUCUAGUUUGCUCAAUUUGACAAUUUAUAUAAAAGAUUAUUUUACUAAAAAUGAUAUUUAAAAAUAUAUAUUUAUUUUUUUA